AUCGAUAUGACUUAAAUUAAAAAUCUAACAAUGGGAUCUAAUAGUUGAAGCUUAAUAAGAAUUUUUGGAUGAUGCUAGAAAUAUGAAGAACUCCCUUAAAUGUGUCCCGUGUCUCGAUGUACUUUAAUAUAUAUUUUCCUUGUGUACAUAUCUCGAUUUUUUAAAUAUUUUUCAUAUUGCAUAAAAUUGUAAAUAGAAUUUACUUGAAUUCUAACACGAAUUAUAGGUCGUUUAAAGUUAGCUUAACAUGGGCUAUUGUUCCAUCAUAUAAGAUAUAUGUAGCAAUAUCAGCAAUUCAUUUCUGUUGAUUAUACAACUUUAAUUCUCGAAAAAAAUCUCUCCGAGCGCUAAAAAAGAAAUGGCAUAUUGUACAAUACUUCUCUCAUUGUCAGCACCACCAAAGUACUACUAAAGAAUGACAUAUGUAAAUUUAUGGACGUUGCGUGACUGCGUAAAUUCAAUAAGUUACGCCAUCACAUAACAUUAAUUUAAAACUUAUUACUAUUCCGAAUAUUUCGUGUACAUCUACGAUAAUAUUCGAUUUUUUAUUUAAAUCUACGUUUAUCGUUGUCAUCUGUGUUCGAUUAUUCAUACAGAUAAAAAUAGAAAAUGUAAUUCUGCAAUAACAGCGUCAUAAAUAUGUACGCUUAUCCACGAAGCAUCCGUACAAUAAAAAUUAUAAAUAUAAUAUUACAUUAUAAGCUAAUUAUUCGAAUAUUUGUAUCGAUGGCCGAAACAAUAAUGUCUACACUUUUCAGUUAUCCUCGAGGAUAACGGGCCCCUUCGUUAGUUACGAAAAUUAACCCAGAACUUUGGUAGUAUCUCGGUGCUUUCAAGUUACGAUAAGAAAUCGAAUCUCCCGCCAACAACAGCGCAAAGGCAAAUUGUCGUCGCAAGAUGGCAGCAAGAUGAAGACCAUGCGGCGAGCUCAGAUGUUCAGAACAGUUCAGAAGCUGCUCAAUCUCUGUCAGUGUCAGUAGUGUCAGUGUCAUCCAGUCACGUAAAGCGACAAGCGUCGCGAAGACGGUGGAAAUCAGUGCGCGGGUGUCGAUCUUCUCCAGUCGACUUUUUGCACACGCGUUCGCGCCAGAUUCGCGGAGUGGUGAUCGAAUAAAGGGGAAAAGGAGUAUGCACCGCGUCGCGCCGAUUCUCUGACGGACGUCCGGGAUCAUCGCAUAGAUAGGAGCAUUCGCAAGUCUUGUUUAAGAAUAACCGUUUGGAAUAUUAUUCAACAUGGGACGUACGGUAACCGUCGCCGUUUGUACGUUGAAUCAAUGGGCGAUGGACUUCGAUGGGAAUACCAGGAGAAUUUUACAGAGUAUACAAGAGGCGAAGGACGCCGGUGCCACUUACAGGAGCGGUCCCGAGCUAGAAAUCUGCGGUUACAGCUGCGAAGACCACUUCUACGAAUCAGACACGUUGCUCCAUAGUUGGGAAGUUUUAGCGACCAUUCUGAAGUCCAGCGUUUGCGACGAUAUACUGAUAGACGUGGGCAUGCCGGUGAUGCACAAGAACGUGACGUACAAUUGCAGGAUAGCCUUUUUGAAUCGACGGAUUUUGCUGAUCAGGCCGAAAAUGCGGCUCUGUGAAAACGGCAACUACAGGGAAACCAGAUGGUUCUCCCCUUGGACAAAAGAACGUACGGUCGAAGAUUAUUUCCUGCCGCGAAUGAUUUCGCAAAUCACCGGUCAGACUGUAGUGCCAUUCGGUGACGCGGUUAUCGCGACGAGGGACACGUGCGUGGGUUUCGAAAUAUGUGAGGAACUUUGGCACCCAUCCAGCAAUCAUAUUCCGAUGUCAUUGGACGGCGUAGAAAUUAUUGCGAACGGAAGCGGUUCGUACUUCGAGCUUCGCAAGGCCUAUAUCAACGUGGAUCUCGUCAAGUCAGCUAUGUUCAAGGCUGGAGGUUGCUAUAUGUUUAGUAAUUUGCGCGGAUGCGACGGCGGCAGGCUGUAUUUCAACGGUGGUUCCAGCAUCACGCUCAAUGGCAAUAUAUUAAAUCGCGGACGGCAAUUCGCUCUCGAGGACGUGGAAGUGACCGUCGCCACAUUCGAUCUCGAGGAUAUAAGGAAUUACCGAAACAGCCUCAGAUCGCGUUCGCACGCGGCCGCUGCGUCGCCUAGUUAUCCACGUGUGAAAAUCGACUUCGCGCUCACGCCAGAAAAUCUCGUCUCGAAUCCACCGGAUCGACCGCUCGACGGAGUCCAAGAUGUGUUCGGCGACGACGACGGGCACUCGAGUCUCGUGUAUCACACCGCGGAAGAAGAGAUCGCGAUGGCACCCGCCUGCUGGUUGUGGGAUUAUCUGAGACGAUCUUGCCAAGGUGGAUUUUUCUUACCACUGAGCGGUGGCGUCGACUCGGCAUCUUCAGCUUGCAUCGUGUACUCGAUGUGCGAAAUGAUCGUCGAAUCGGUUGGUAGAGGAGAUACACAGGUCUUAGCGGAUAUCAGGAAGAUUGUCGGCGAUUGCGAAUACAUACCGGUAGAUCCGAAGCAAUUGUGCAACACCAUCUUGGUCACGUGUUAUAUGGGAACGGAGAAUUCGUCGGCAGAGACCAAGGCUCGAGCGGCCGAGUUGGCCGGUCAAAUAGGGUCCUAUCAUCAUGGGAUAGUUAUAGAUACCGCGAUAUCCGCGAUUUUAGGCAUCUUCCAACAGGUUACUAAGCUAACACCGAGAUUUAAAGUGCAGGGUGGUUCGCCUAGAGAGAACUUGGCCUUGCAAAAUGUACAGGCUCGGUUACGAAUGGUGAUCGCUUACUUAUUCGCUCAAUUAAUGUUAUGGGUCAGAGGCCGUCCGGGUGGCCUCUUGGUAUUAGGUAGCGGUAACGUAGACGAGGCCUUACGCGGUUACCUCACUAAAUAUGAUUGCAGCAGCGCCGACAUCAAUCCUAUCGGUGGCAUAGCAAAGAAUGAUCUAAAAAAGUUUCUCGUGUUCUUUAGACGUAAAUACGGAAUAUCCGCUUUGGACAAUAUCCUGGAGGCGCCACCCACCGCGGAAUUGGAACCGCUGCAAGCUGGACAACUUGCACAGUUGGAUGAAGUCGACAUGGGUAUGACCUACAAGGAAUUGUCAGUUUUCGGACGGUUAAGGAAACAGAAUAAAGCUGGACCUUUUACAAUGUUCUGCAGACUUGUGCACAUGUGGGACCAUUGUACCCCGAAAGAAAUUGCCGAUAAGGUAAAGCACUUCUACAGAUGUUACGCUAUAAAUCGUCACAAGAUGACGAUAUUGACUCCGUCCUGCCACGCGGAGUCAUACAGCCCCGACGACAAUCGAUUCGAUCACCGGCCUUUUCUGUAUAACCACUCGUGGAAGUGGCAGUUCGCGGCGAUCGAUGAACAGGUGAAACGACUCAGCAGCGAAGAGAAGUCGUCCAGACCGCGUAAGGGUGCUCCAAAAGUGCCUGCCAAGCCCAGAUACAUGCCGUUCAGCUCCGUGAUCAGCAAUAAAACGCAUCCUGGAGUAGUAGUUUAA